UCUUGACAGUGGAGGUGGAAAAAAUUUCACAAUUUAAUUUUUCAUAACUUCUAAUUGGUACCUUUUAAAAUUUAAACGUUCUUACUUCUUCGUUUAUUAUUUUACCAAAUACUUUACAAUGAAUUCAAUACUAAGGAGAAACGUUUUACCACUUUGUAACAACUCAUUCAAGUUAACUUUACGUUUACUCGCGGAUGCUCCAAUAAAUAAUAAAAUAGAUAAAAUAGUAAAAAAUAACAAAGUAGUUGUAUUUAUGAAAGGUGUUCCCGAUGCUCCAAGAUGUGGGUUCAGCAAUGCGGUAGUUCAAAUUAUGAGAAUGCAUGCUGUACCCUAUGACAGUCACGAUGUUUUGGCCGACGAGAAUCUCCGACAAGGUAUCAAAGAAUACUCAAACUGGCCAACAAUCCCGCAAGUUUUCAUAAAUGGUGAAUUUGUUGGAGGAUGCGACAUUAUGCUUCAGAUGCAUCAAUCUGGAGAACUAGUAGAGGAGUUGAAGAAAGUCGGAAUAAAAAGUGCUUUAUUAACAGCAGACGAGGCCAAAAAAGAGAGUAGCAAGUAACAAGCUGUCAUUUUAAAACUUUUGUUUCAUGUAGGUACACUGUACAAUUUAACUAGUAAAUAUAGAAAAAAUUAUAUAGGCCUUGAAUCAGACAAGACAUGUGUAAUAAACUUAAACUCUCUUUGCUUUAGUGCUUUAAUAACUAAUGUUUUGAGAAACAGAGCUGCAAUUUAGGAAUAUUUGUUAAAUUAAUUGACCUAAACUUCAAAAGCUGUCUCAAACAGCAAGCUCAUAUAUUUUUUCCUAAAUCAGUUAUGACUUUUCUAUCAAUAGAUUCAAUGAAACUUUACAAGAUAGCAGUUUUAGGAAAUUUCAAUUCUCAUUUCAAUGGUGUAGGUUAAUGUGGCACUAAAGACUUUAUUAGGCUUUCAAACAGGCUGAAGACCGAAUCAGUAGUAUAUCCUUUUGGUGAAUUCAAUUCACAUAUGAUUAGAGUAUGUUCACUGUGGAAAUUUAAGAUUUUGUUGUUCCAUUGUAUUAGUCAAUGUUUUACUUGAUUGCGGCAAUGAAACGCCAAUUACUCUUUGACUUUUAGAGGUUGAGAUAUGAUAAUUCUUAUGAACACACCCUUAGCUUAAUCUGUUUUGUGUUGUGAUUGUUAAUAUAUUUUUCUAGUGUGAAGUUGUUGCACAAUAUAUGUAUUACUCUAUAAUAAUAUAUUAUUGAAGAGAAUGGGUAAUGCAAUCUAAUUAUUUUGUAAUGAUUGACAGAAAAGUAAAGCCGUAACUUAAUUGCUAAACUAUUACUAACAGUAUUUAACACGAGAAAGAAAUACCUAAGGAUCCUAAUAAAGAAAUAUUAGUUUACUCAAGGUUUCUCUUUACGGAUAAGAACCAGAAAACUAGGAAUGAUAUGAUGAUUGAUGUUAAACUAAAGAAUCCGAAAGAAAAGGGUUGAUUUUACAUUAUAAAACAAUUAUUUUUUUGUGUCGUUAUCCACAGCAAUCUGACAUAAUAAACAAAAUUUAUAUUUUAUUAUUUCCAAUAACAUUCAAAUCUUACAAGUUAGAAAUAUGUGAAUUACAACCUUGUUGAAUUUGAUGGCAUAUUCGUAUCAGGAUAAUGUAGUUAAUUUCAACAAAAUUGCACUACCUAUUCAGAUCACUGAUAGUAAUACUACUACUAUAUAUUAGUAUUGAAUUGAAUACCAGCUCCAAUAGUAAUUGUUGUCAAUACUUUUUAAGUAUAUUCAAUGUUGUCAUUAAAUAAAAAACUAUAAAUGUUUAUGUAGGUGUAUGUAUUGUAAAUUAUUAUGCACCAAUUUGUUUAAUGGGUGCCAUACUGUAUACUCUUUGAUGAUAAAUAAAAGAAAUUUUUGUUUAA